GGCGGCGGAGGAAGAGGGGGAGGCGGCGGCGGCGGCUGCAGCAUCCAGAGCUGGCCGCGGCGGCCGACGCGCCCCGCGCACAAAGGCGCCCAGCCUCUGGGGAGGGCGAUGAGUGCACCGUAGCCCGGGCCCGGGCCCCAGCUCCAACCACCAGUGCGUGCGCCCAGGGCGCGGGGGAAGUCGCUGGGCGCGCCAGGGGCCGGAGGCCGAGGCGCGGCCCGUGCGCCCCGAGCUCGGGACUCGCCGCCCUCCGGGUCUGGCGCGGAGCUUAGGAACCGCUGGAGCGCGGGCCUUGGCGCGCCCCCGGGAUCCGCGCAGAAAGGCGCUUCCCCACUCCUACCCGGCCUCCUGCGCCCUCCCGCCGCGCCGGAGCGCCAACUUCCCAAGAACGCUCCAACUCCAGGCCACCCUGCUGGGCAGAGGGGGCGCUGCUCCUGGGCACGGGCCGUGAGGACGCGCCCCUGGCCCCGGGGAGCCAGCCGGCAUCUUCGGGGUCGCUCGGGCGCCCCUGAGUGGGCGGCAGCGGCGGCAGCCGCCUCUCCCGGCAGUCCAGGACCUGCCAGCGCUGGCGAUUCCUCCAGGGCAGGCGCUUGCCCUCUCUUUUAUGGAGCUUGGGCCCCUGCCCCAGCCCCGCAGAGGCUGUGGACGUGUACGGUCCGGAAGCCUGGUUUCCAGCCCCGUGGCCCAUCCCUGGCUGCGGGGACCGGAAGCUCCCACGAGGUAGCGGUGGCCCGCAGCGGCCCCGUCCCGGCAGCGAGCCAUGGGCCAGAAGCUCUCGGGGAGCCUCAAGUCGGUGGAGGUGCGAGAGCCGGCGCUGCGGCCGGCCAAGCGCGAGCUGCGGGGAGCGGAGCCGGGGCGGCCGGCGCGGCUGGACCAGCUGCUGGACAUGCCGGCAGCGGGGCUGGCGGUGCAGCUGCGCCACGCGUGGAACCCCGAGGACCGCUCGCUCAACGUCUUCGUCAAGGAUGACGACCGGCUCACCUUCCACCGGCACCCGGUGGCGCAGAGCACGGACGGCAUCCGCGGCAAGGUGGGCCACGCCCGCGGCCUGCACGCCUGGCAGAUCUACUGGCCGGCGCGGCAGCGGGGCACACACGCUGUGGUGGGCGUGGCCACGGCGCGGGCCCCGCUGCACUCGGUGGGCUACACGGCACUGGUGGGCAGCGACGCCGAGUCCUGGGGCUGGGACCUGGGCCGCAGCCGCCUCUACCACGACGGCAAGAACCGACCCGGCGUGGCCUACCCCGCCUUCCUGGGGCCCGAUGAGGCCUUCGCGCUGCCCGACUCGCUGCUCGUGGUGCUGGACAUGGACGAGGGCACACUCAGCUUCGUCGUGGACGGCCAGUACCUGGGCGUGGCCUUCCGUGGCCUCAAGGGCAAGAAGCUUUACCCGGUGGUGAGUGCUGUGUGGGGCCACUGUGAAGUCACCAUGCGCUACAUCAAUGGCCUUGACCCCCACGCAAUAAACCUUGAGGCAACGUCAUUGUUAUUAAACCCAUCUUAUAGCCAGUGGCAGAACUGCCCUGAAACCCAGGUCGUCGGGACCAUUGCCGUGCCUCCUGCUACCUAGGUCGGCCCUGCUGCCUCCACUGUGCCCGCCGAUUCCAAAGAGCAGGUGUCCGAGCCCAGGGCUGACUAAGCGGGGACAGGGAGCGGGUACCCCAGGAUCUCAGGCCCAGCGGGCAGGGAAGCCUUGUCCACCUGCUUCGAGCCAGGGAAACUGUCGUUCCAGACGUCAUUCCUAGAUGGUUUAAUUGAUCUGCCAACAAGCAUUUAUUGGCACAUCAGCUCAGCAGAGGAGGCUGGUGUCCAGCCAAGGCUUCUGGUACUGAUGAAGGGCAGAGAGUUUUCUACCGGGAUGGCUGCAAGGACACCGUCCCCUUGCCAGAGCUGUGUGCACUGCACUCACGACCUUCCCGCCCAGCUCCCCUGUGUCUCCUGGGUGGCACCAUCCUCUGGACUCUGCUCUUCUCCCCUCCUGAGCCAGGUCCAGGCCUGGUCUCCCCUUUGCCCCGCACCCUAUCAUUGCCCUGACUCCAGCUCACCACAGCCCUCAACCCAGGGCUCUGUCCCCUGCAUCCCCAAUUCAAGGCUGAGUCCUCUCCCAUCCCCCCCUCCCCAAUCCCCGCUUUGCCCCAGUCACUCACUUUUCCACAUGUGUAUGCCUUCUUGGGUGGGUGUGAAGCUCCCCAGGGCACAGAUGGUCAGCCAGGAGGCAUGUGUGGGGAAGCGGGCACACUGGGGACUUUAAAAUACUUUUGAAAGGUAAAGGAUGCAUGUGGCAACAAAUUUCAACGCUACCAAAGCGUGCCUGGUGAAAUACCUCCACCCCGAAGCUCCCCAGCCUCUCUUCCUGCUGGUGACCACCAGGAUCACUUUCUCCUAUGUCCUUCCAGAAUCUUAUGACAGAGAAGUUUCACACAAAUGUGAUCGUACUGUGAACACCGCUCUGCACCUCGUUUUCCGCCUUAAUAGAUCUUGGUGAUCGUUUCAUAUGAUUAACGUAGAGCUGCCUCAUUCCUUAUUAACAGCUGCAUGGGUUUCCAUGGUGUGGCUGUGUCAUAAUUGGAUUAUCCAGACCCUUAUUUUUGGACCUUUAGGCAGUUUCCAGUCUUUGAGAAUAAACUUUUGGUCCUGAUUUGAAUUUUAUUUCUGCCCCCUGCUGGCUAAUUGACAUCCUCAAGCCUUUGUUUUGCCAUCUGUGCAGUGGGAAUAAUUAUAUGUACCUUGCAGGGUUGGUGAGUAUUGAGAUAGAUGCAGAAACGCAGCGUGGUCCAGCAUGUGACUCACGUUAGGUGCGGGGUGGAGGGGAGCUGUUGAUAUCACACACUUAGCCUGCAUCAUUGAUUGUGCUGUGUCCAGUGCUGCGCUUGUCUUGGGCACCCGAUGAAUGCUUGUGAAAGAUUUGGUUUCUGAUUUAAAAUACGGCACAAUCACAUUAAUUUGCAGUUAAGACGGCUUCAGACUCAUUGUUGGACAACGAUCAUUUGAGAUAUAUAAUUCAGUCAGUCCUUACAUGGGAUGUAUGUCAGCACAGUGAGACCCCUGGACCCCUGACUUGCACAGAGCAGGUUCAUAAGAGGUGUGUUUCGCUCUUUUGUUAUUGCUGCUGCUGCUGAGAGUGGCAGUUCUCUGAGGCGGGACUGCAUCCUA